GAGUUCUCCUUGUCUAUCAACCGAGAUCUAAAGUGUUUUGCUAAGAGAGACGUCUUUUGAGUAUUCCCGAUUCUUUAAAUAGAAAAACAAAACACUACAGGGCUAUUCUUACCUGUCCGCUGCAAUAUUAAAUGCCUUGGCCUACAAAAAAAAAGUAUUUCAAACAUUUUUGUCAAUUCAAGCAGGAGUCUUUAUAAAUAUCUGGUUCAUAUUUGAGAUUUCUUACGUCCGUAACAAAGUUAACUAGGUCGACUAGAAGUUAUUGUCAGAUUUAUUUUUCACAGCUAGUGAAAUGCUGACUUCUGCUAUCUUCAUGAACAUCUUCCAGACUCUAGUGGUCAGCUUUAUACUACUGUCCACUCUCUCGAUAGCACUGCCUCAGAAUAAAUUGGAAUACAUGAGGAUGAGGGCAGAGUUGAUAAAUACCGAUGAAAACAUGAGGAUAGGUUCGAAUCUCGUCCUCACAGCAUCGGAACAUUUCGUCAAUGAAAUAUUUAUGAAGGAAAAACGAAACCUGAUAGAAAGUAGUCGUUUGAACAGGACAGUCUUCUUUCCGUCCGCAAGUUUUUUCCAAUCAAGGCCUUUAAUAGAACAAUCUCUUUUAUAUCAACUUAUUCACACAAUGCCUAAAGGAGCGUCACUUCACAUCCAUGACCAGUCAAUGGUCAGUCUCGACUGGAUCAUCAAAAAUGUCACGUACAGAGACAACGUUUACAUGUGUCUAUGGCAACAGAGUUAUCUUAUCUUUCAAGUCUUCAAAACUAUGCCUCUAAAUCCUGAUUGUGAUUGGAAGCUGGUGGUACGAGAAAGACAACUGUGUAAAGAUGUGGCAGCUUUUGAUUUAAAUUUACGUAAUAAUCUGAGUCUUGUGGUCAACGAUCCUUUUGUUAAUUUCCCGGACAACCAGGCGGCCUGGGUCAAAUUUAGUCAAUAUUUCCGUCAAGUUGGCCAGCUCCUUUAUUUUAUUCCAAUCUUUAAAGACAUGUUGUGGCAGACGAUGAUGGAGUUUCGUGAAGCAAAUAUUUUGUACAUGGAAGUUCGUGUCACCUAUGCUGGGUUGUAUGACCUGGAGGGUAACGUGUACAACAGAGAGUACUGCACUCAGCUCGUGAAAGAAGUCAGUGAAGCUUUUAGUCAACACUAUCCAGACUUUAUUGGUAUGAAGAUCAUCUUCUCUGGGAUCAGAUUUCAAAAUGAAUCCGACAUUCUGGACGAGGUCAAAGACGUGAUGACGUUACACAAGAAAUACCCAGACAUCGUGGCUGGCUACGACUUAUCUGGGAACGAGGCUUACUUCCGGCCUCUUCAUUACUACAGCGACGCCCUGAUGUUUCCGUCACAACAAGAUCCAUCUUAUCGUCUGCCCUACUUCCUCCAUGCUGGAGAAACAAACUGGCAGGGAACUGAGACAGGAUAUAACAUUGUAGACGCCCUACUGCUCAACGCCACUCGAGUUGGACACGCCUAUGCUCUGAGCAAACAUCCACACUUGAUGAAGUUGUAUAAAGAAAGAGAUAUACCAAUUGAAGUCCAGCCACUGUCCAAUCAGGUUCUGAGGUUGAUAAGUGAUUUUCGCAACCACCCGAUGGUGUCACUAAUCGCCGACAACUUCUCCAUAGUUAUCAGCUGCGACGACCGCACCACCAUGGACUCUGCACCCCUGUCGCACGAUUUCUAUAUUGUGUUUACAGCCAUGUCCAGUGACAAGGCUGACAUCACGUUACUGAAACAGCUAGCUCUCAACUCCAUCAGAUUCAGCACUUUGAAUGACUCUGAGAAAGAAAGAGCCCAGCGACUCUGGCAGACUAAAUGGGACAAGUUUAUCAAUGAGGUACCCUCAGUGACAAGUAUACCCACCAUAAACACAUCGCCUAAACCGACCAAUCCAUCCAAUAAUUUGGCAACACUUGAUCAGCCCUGGACUGCUUGGUGCACUAUCCUUGUAUUAAUCAGCAUGCUUGAAUUAUCUCAUUUUGAUAUUGGUGUUGGAAGCAUAAUAUAAUAUCUAUGUAUAAGCAUAUUAUUUAGUAUUAUUAUUAUGGAGGCUAAUCUAAUAAUCCUAUAACAUUGCUUAGUUCUGUUGUUGGGCUGCCAAGCUAUGUAUUUUACACGUGUACAACAUAUACUUUCAAUGCAUUAUUUAGCAACAUUUAGCACCACAGUGUGAACUUAGACAACAUUGCUGCAGUCAAAUGGCUAGCUCUUCUGCAGCCAUUGCGUGUUUUCAUUGAUCCGAUGUAGACAAUAAGAUGUUUAACGUGGUAUUGACCGUUUGUUGACUUCACUGGCCUGACUUGACCCUUUCUAGUCUUAUAAUAGUUUGUCGGUUGGUUUCUUUACCAAAAGUUAAAAUUCUAAACCAACUACCAGCAAAUAUGGCAAUGUAUUUAUUUAGACUUUAAAAAUCUAAGUAGCAAAUUGAUUUUGCAUUGUGGCAAUGUUUAACAUGUACUAGACACUAAAACUUGCUGCCUAAAGCUAAUGUGAUUCGCUCACUUGUUCUGGCAUAUUCCAGUCUCCUCUUAAGACUCUUUUUUUUUAAGUUUACAAACAAACUAGAAGUCUAAAUUAUACUUUAAAAAAAAUCUUUUUAAAUAGUAAGAAAUAGUUUGCUAUCUAUAAUUACAACCUCUGUCUUAGGAAACACUAGAUGACCUUGACAUCUGCCUUUAAUAUAAAUGCCAUGUUCGCAGACGCCUGAAAGGUGACUAAAUGACAACAAACUGUAUGACAUGUGUAAAGUGAAAACAUUUGGCUACCGGAAGUGAUAAUAUAAAUAUUUCUUUUGAUGAUUUAUUACAAAGUUUAUAUCAACUCACUCUGUCUGUCUGUCUGUCUGGUAAAAAGUGUGUUCACAUUAUUUCUCCCACACCCAUUCUUGGAUCAAGUUCAAACUUCGUACAAUUAACCAUUGGCACAGACAAUACAUAAAUGAAAAAAAGGUAAAUAAUUAGUCAAUUAAUUACUGGUAAUUAAUUAUUUUUGUUUGAUAACAACAUAGGAAACUAAUCCUUCAGUAUUCGCAUAUACAGCUAAAUGUGUUGGGUUUAGUCCCUUGAAAUAAUUGUUCUCGCUAUUUCUCCAUCACGCAAUCUCCGAUCAAAUUCAGACUUUAAACCAUUAUUUACUGUACCUAACAAAACAUGAUUCAAUUAAAAAACAAUAAGUCAAUUAAUUAUUGGUAAUUAAUGAUUCUUUUUUUGAUAUCGAAUAAGGGAAAUAGUUUGUAAAUUAAUUGUAUAUAUAGUUUUAAGGGCGAAGUUCUUCCCCUUUAGAUAAGCUUCUGUUGUUUGUUUUUAAAAUAUUUUAUAUAUUUUGCUUGUGAUUUUGUUAUUGUAAGUGUAAAUAUCUUGAAACCUCUCUCUCUCUCUCUCUCUCUCCCUCUCUCUCCUUGUCUAUCUAUCUUUUUAUCCGUAGCCUUAUACGUCUACAGAGAGACUCCACCUUUUCUUUGCAAUGUUCACGUGACUAAAGAGACCAAUCUUUGAUACCAACCUGCAGAUACAGGUUAGGCAUCUGUAAUCAGCAGACGAUGUAACUCUUUCAUCUCUCCUUUUACUUCACGUUGUACCAUCCCCAACCCAGAACACUUCCUUUAAGCAAGCUCUGCUCUCCAUGUGGAUCUAUCCAGUGCUUCUUUUUACAAUGUACAAAUGUAUAUGUUUUUCUCAUAUAUUACAAUCCAAUACUAAAGGCCAUAAAUGCAUGCAUGUAUUGUUGAAAUACUUAAAAAUUUAUUUCAGCCUUUGUUUACAGAGUUUUACCCAAAAAUUUUAGACUUUUUUUUUUUUACCUUUUUUGUAUAUUAGUUAUCCUUGAGAAGUGCUUUAAAAAAAAAGCAUGAUUAGACUAAGUGAUGAAUUUUUUUCAAAAUUUAAAAUACAAACUAGUUCGUCAAAUAUGUCCACACUUUGUUACUAAGGCUGUUUAUAAAUGCCCAUUAAAUUUUAGUCACUGAACUGAAGUCUGUAUUACAUACGUCAAUGUAGGUUCAAGAAAAAGUCGAAUAUACAUUAAGUUAGGGUUUUACGGUUAAAGUCUUGUACAUAACAAUUUCAUUUGUAUCAAACUAAAGUUUCACAAGAAAACAAAAAGAAAGAACCUGAGACUGUCUGUUUGACCUGUAGUGUUUAAAGUAUCUGUCUUUAUGUUUGUUUGACCUGUAGUGUUUAAAGUAUCUGUCUUUAUGUCAGUUUGACCUGUAGUGUUUAAAGUAUCUGUCUUUAUGUUUGUUUGACCUGUAGUGUUUAAAGUAUCUGUCUUUAUGUCAGUUUCACCUGUAGUGUUUAAAGUAUCUGUCUUUAUGUUUGUUGUAGGUGAUACAGAGGAGGUAGUCGUCACUUUGAUCUAGGCUCACAAGUCAUGCUUCCAAUUGUUUGAAAGAUAAAAUUUAUAUUUCUAGUGUACAGGAGGUCAUAUUACAAAUAAACUGGUUUCAAAGAGUU